GCAGCAGCGGCGCACGAUGGCACAGCGACAGGAUGCUUCUGGCACGAGGGAGAAGAAACCGAAAUUUGCGGAAUUGAAUAACCUCAUUUCCGAGAAGCUGGGCGGUCGAGUUCUCUUUGCGACAGAUGACUGGUUUGCUGUGGCUGAAAACCUUUUAAAGGAGAGUGACCCCGAGUGGCGAGAAGGCGAGUUCACAGAUUGUGGGAAAUGGAUGGACGGAUGGGAGACUCGCAGAAAAAGAAUCCCAGGCCACGAUUGGUGCAUCAUCAGACUUGGGGUACCAGGAAUCAUCGAGGGAAUCGACGCCGAUACGUCAUUCUUCACAGGAAACUUUGUCCCUCGCGUGUCCCUCCAGGGCGCCGUGCUCUCGCCCGAAGACGAAGCCAAGAUCCCACCGAGAAAAAGCGAGAUUGGAACCCAGGCUUGCGAAGGCGUGAUGGAACAGGUCGCUCAGCUGGACAGCCAUAACUGGCCAUUCAUCGUCCGGCUGACGGAAGCUCGACCCGGAUACAUGGACACAUGCCACACAUACAUCGAGGCGGCCGUCAAGAAGCGCUGGACACAUGUUCGGCUUAACAUAUAUCCCGACGGAGGCAUUGCGAGGCUCAAGGUGUUCGGGAGAGCCACGCCGGAUUGGUCGAAGGUGCCGAAGGGGAAGCUGAUCGACCUGGCGGCGGCUGAGAACGGGGGCGUGUGUCUGGAGUACAGCGACGCCCACUACGGUCACCCGCGGAACCUCAUCAGCCCGGGGAGGGGCGUGACGAUGGCCGACGGCUGGGAGACGGCGAGGAGACUCGAUCGGCCAGCUGUGUUGCAAGCCGACGCCCGCGGGGUGCUCCAGGUCCCGGGCUUCGAGUGGGCGGUCCUGCGCUUGGGUCACCCCGGGGUCGUGAGCCAAGUGGAGGUCGACACCCACCACUUCAAGGGCAACUUCCCCGACUCCUGCAGGAUCGAUGGGUGCCUGCUUCAGGAGGGCGCGGACUCUGCCGUCUCCUUGGCUGCUGACGAAGGGCUUUGGAAGACUUUUUUGCCACCGCAGAAGCUCAGAGCUCACGCCCGCCAUUUCUACACCUCGGAAGUGGAAAAUGUCGGCCCCAUUUCCCACGUGCGAGUCGUCAUGGCGCCGGACGGAGGCAUAAGCCGCUUGAGGUUAAUUGGAACAUUAUUUUCACUGGCGGCUAGACUCUGAAAAAUGGUGAUCGUUUGGAAUAUGUUUGUAUACACGAUGGAAAGAAUUUAGUGGUGAUAUAUAUUGUUUUUUAUGAUUAUUGUUAUGCUUUAAAAUUCAAUCCGAUGACUUGUUUUUUUAAGAAAUCGGAACAUUAUUUUCACCGGUGGCCAAGUUCUGAAAAAUAUGGUGAUAUAACAGCAAUUCUUGGUUGUACUUAAGAGGAAAAGAAUUUUGUGCUGCUAUAUAUUGUUUUUCUAAUUGAUAUACUCUAAAAUUCAUUCCGGUGGACUCGUUUUUGAGGAAUCGGAACUUUUCACCGGCGACCGAGCUCUGAAAAACUGGUGAUUUAUUCUUGGUUUGCAUUCAAAAUUAAACGAAUUUAGUGCUGAUAUAUAUAUAUACAAUUUUUUUUUCAAUUGUUAUUCUCUAAAAUUCAAUUUGAUAGAUUUAACUUUUCACCGGCGUCCGAACCCUUGCUUGGUGAUUCGACUAGAAUUCAUAAUUUGCAUUCAGGUUGGAAAAAGUUCAGUGCUUUUACUAUAAUUUGUUUAGUUUUGUUUUCAACCAAGACCAAAAGAUAAAACAUUUAACUUGAGUGCAAGUUGGGUAUAUUCAUCGGGGGUGGGGCGGGGAUUACAGGGAAUUAGAGGCAUUAUUUAGUUAUAUGAUAUAUGUAUAUGAGUUAGGGGCAAUAUAUACUCGGUACUAUACUCAAAGUAUAAAGCAAAAGUGUAAUUACAAAAAUAAAAUAUAUCACUGAUGCGAA